AACCUGUACCCAGACAGAGGUGUCACUUUACAAGUCACUUCACAGUCAUGAUGCAAGGUAGCUCAUCAUUCUCCAGGGAGAAUAUUCACUAAACACCCGACUUUUGAUUAUAUGUCUACAAACUUCAGAAAUGAUUCGAAUCAACAACACCCAAUACUUCCACUUCCUGCAGCAGGCAGAUGCCUUACGUCACUCAGGGUCACUCUGUGAUGCCAUCAUUUCGGUAAAGAGUCAAACUUUCAGGGCUCAUCGGCUAGUACUGGCUUGUGCUAGCAGAAGGCUAGCACAGCAGCUAGCCCAAGGAGACAUAGACAGUCCAGUUCAUUGCACUCUGGAGUAUUUCUCACCCCACACCUUCCAGCAAGUUCUAGACUUUACCUACACAGAGACUCUUGAGGUGUCUGUGGAUGACCUGCGCCUGCUGCUAAGAGCUGCUCAGCUGCUGGAGAUGCAACUGCUGGAGGACCAAUGCCAAAAGCAGCUGGAUCAUCUCCACUGCAGAGCCAGAGAGGAGAGCAAAAGAAGAGAAAUCACAGAUGUCAAAGAAGAAAAUGAAAGUGCAGAGGAGACGGAUCAAAAGCAAAAAGGAAGGCGAGUUCGAGAGCAGAAACUCCAAGAGACUUCUCCCCCAGUGGAGGAAGAAGACGACAGCAGUGUCAUGGACAACCUUUCUUCCUCUGAUCCUGCUAAGAACCGCAACAGUCCGCCACCCCCAAGAAAGAAGUCCAGACUGUCCCCUGUGUCUGCAACACCCUACAACAGAGACAGUGUCAUUACAAGGCCUGCCAGCAGCAGUUCAUCUUUCUCUUCCCCCUGGACCUUCCCUUCAAACAUGUGGAACUCUGUAAGCACCCUGAGGCGGAUAGCAGAGAACUACUCAAACUUAGUUGCAGCACACCCCCUUCAGGUCCCAAACCAGUCCUCUGUAGCAUACCCAUUCUCCCUCUCAACUCCCCACAUGUUCCCCCUACUUAGCUCCCAUUUUCCAAGCUCUGUAAUGAGCUACACAGGCAUUCAUCCACGUUAUACACAAAACUUUUACGCUGAUUCUACGGGGAUGGGGAGCAUACUCAAGCAAGGGCUGUUAAAAAGAAAAAAACCCAGCCAGAGAGCAUUUACUGGGACCGUUCAAACCAGUGAACCGAGUAACCAUGAUGUACCCAAAGACAGCACAGAGAGAGUUAAAGACUGCCAACACUGCAGUCCAAGCCUUCUUGCUGAUCCAGUGCUACCGGAGUCAGCCUCCACACCAUCAGGUGAUGCCCGUGCAGGGUGUCGGUGCUGCGGAAAAGGAGAUGCUGUGCAGCAAGAACCUAAUUCCCAUCGACAAGAACACAGAGGAGAAAAACCCUACCAGUGCCAAUACUGUCCAAAGAAGUUUAGUCUGAAACAUCAACUGGACACACACCACCGAGUUCACACCGGAGAGAAACCCUUCGAGUGCCGUCUCUGUGGUCAGCGAUCACGGGACUACUCAGCCAUGAUCAAGCACCUGCGGACUCAUGGCGGGGCAGCACCCUACCAGUGCACGGUGUGUCUGGAGUUCUGCAGCAGCCUGGUCACCAUGCAGAGACACCUCAAGUGCCACGCAGUGCAGGACUUCCCACCUGACUGGAGCAUCAACAGCACCUACCUGUACAACUCACACAUCUGAGCCAGGCCUCACAACACAGGCACUUUUGUCUACACAAAGUUGUCAUGGGUGUAGCUUUUAAUUUGUGCCUCUCAUGUACUAUCCUUACAUUUGAGUCACAGAGCUAAGCAUCUGUUUUCUGAAGGAUAAAUUGUCUUUGUGGAUAAGGACAAUAGUAGGACAAUAAAAAAUAUUUACAAAUAAAAAGAGUGAAAAAAAACAGAAAGUCAGAAAAGUGCAUGGGUUCUAUAUCAUUCAUUGAUGUUGAAACCAAGAACGUCCUUUAACAUCACUUACUUAUAUAUAUGUGUGUGUGUAUGUGUGUGUGUGUGUGUGUGUGUGUGUGUGUGAGAGGCACAAACUGGGGCUAUAUGUUGCAAUAACUUCUAUACAAACUGAAACUGCUCUGUAUUCACAAUUACAACUAUAGAACAGAGACAGUGAAACUUAAAGUAUUCACAUUAGGUCAUGUACGUGCAUUAAAGCCACAUCAACAGCUCACCCUCAUCAAAUGAGGUAGGCAUCUUCCUUCUUACUUUCAUAAUUAUUGGACUGCUUAUGUAAACUUUUUAAGUUCGACCUAGGUUUAUAGCGCCCUCAUGAGGGAAACCACUGUAACCUUUUUUUUUGUCGUAGUGCUCAAAAAUGCAUCACUAUGUCAAAAGUGGCUGAAAUUCUAGGUUUAAAGCCGAACAAAAGAUGUUUUUUUGUGCAGGAACAUAUAAACAGUAUACAUUCAUUGAUCCAGAUUCAUUGUCUGAAAUGACAUGUAUCUAUUUCAUCCUUAAAACUCGGACUUUGUUCUGCUCCUUUGUUAUUUUACUCCCAGAGAAAAGCAGAAAGAGAAGCGUGGCUCAGUUUUCUCCAGUUUUAGCCAACACAGGGUUGUGACAGCAUGGACUGUAUUCAAUCAACACUGACAAUAAGGAAUGUUGUGGGAAAUAAAAAAAUGUUAUUGGAAAACCCUUUAUUCUGCUCUGGUUAAUUGAGAUGAGAAUAACAGAGCUUUUGCAGCCAGUUAUGUCUGUGUAACUAGUGACAAACAAUAACCCAGCAUUUUCUUAUUUUGUAAUUCUUCCAUUGGUGGAUUUUCUGCAUUAUCAGUCACUGAUGCUGGGCGGCUUAACUGACUGGUUGCAGUUUAAAGGCAUGGAUAUACUGAGUAAAUGUGUCUCAAAGUUAAACAACAAGUGCUAUUUAGCAUCUGUCAUACCUCUAAAAGCACCACACCAAUUAAAAGACUGUGAAGUUGUCCCAUGUGUCCUCAAAUGUAUGUAUUCACAAGGCCUAUGUUACCACACAAAUAGCUUUCUAGAGGGAGCUUUCAGUCCUGUUUCCACUGAAAGCUAUUUGUUCAUUUGUUCAGCAUUACCCUAAUGUUUAUGCGAUAGAAAAUGCAUGUUUAACACAUUUUUCAUUUAUAGACUUUAAUGGAUGAAUAUACCAUGUUUUAGACUACCAAUGCAUCAAUAAACAAGUGUAUACACA